AUGAGCCCAGAGAACACGCUUAAGAAGCUAGUCGACAUCCAGACAGCAAUCGACACAGCGAACAUAGAGACGCUAAAGAAAGAGCACCAGCUGAAGGUCUCGUAUUUCAACGAUUUAAAGCCUACUUUGCAAGAGAGAGACGCCCUUCUGGCGGAGAUAGACGGCUUUUGGGACACGGUUCUCAUUUCCUCCGAGUGCAUCGACGUGCUGGCGGAGAUGGAGAACCCCGAGCCUGCAGCCGUUGACAUUUCCUGGAUUGGGGGCAUACGCGUCGAGUACCGGGAGGACUUCAAGUACUACAUCCGCAUGGACGUGAAGGAAAACCCGUACUUUGAGAACUCCGUGCUUGAGAAGGAGUUUUCCCUCUUCGAAGACGUCCCCGGGACAAGCACGCCCAUCCAGUGGAAGGGGAAGAAGAAUCUGGAGAACCCCGUAAUGCGCUUCUUCAUGUCCACGGAGGCCUCGGACGAAGACCUCAACAUGUCGAUGCUUCAAAUCUUCAGCGACGUAUACUUCAACGCCGUGUACUACUACGUGCGCGCCGAUGAAAGCGAGGAAGAGGAAGAAUAG